AGUAAUCAAUAUCGCCAUCUUGCACACCAAAAUGGAAGACCAGCUUGCAGAGCUGCGAAGGAAAUUAGCGGAGGCCGAAGCGCGGACAGCAGAGGAACAACGACGACGGGAAGCAGCUGAAGAGCAAUCUCGACCGAAAAGCCUCGUUGAGUAUCUCGAAGCUUGUCAUGGCUUCUCUACUGCUCUCAAAGUUGUCACCGACGCGACUUUGACGACACAAGGCGAUACCACAAAGCCCACCGGUCGGCCAUUCCCUCAGCGCAUUGUGCCGUGGGACGAUUUCCCGACAUCACAAGAGAAGAUCUGGGAGCAGCUCUCAGCUAGUACUCGUUUUAAUUCGCAGCCCGUCUAUCCAUCCGCCCACCAGCUCGAAUAUGUCCAGAGAUACCUCGACCCGAUAAGCUCAGAGCUUGGCCUGCGACACUAUGCACGCGAGACGGUGGAGAAUCCAGUCCGGACCUUGAUCGAGGAGGUAUACAAGGAUGAGCAGUUGCGACGACAGCUCCAGCUCCGAGGGACAAUGACAUUCGAAAGCCAUACAAAUCUAGGGCAGCAGAGCGAGACAUCGGUCGAGGAGGCGAUGGAACACAUGUCUAUAACGGGUCCUAGUGGUUCAAGAACGGGAGUGACGGGCGGCAAGAAAGCAGACAGAAGACAGCUACAGGGCGACACUAGAGGUGCUGGUCGAAAGAAAGCGGGAACAGCAGAUCAAUUCUGCAUAUACCAGCUGUCAGACGGACAAAAGAUUCCAGUCGUCUCGGUUGAAUACAAGCCACCGCACAAGCUGCCUUUAGCCCAGAUCAUUGCUGGUCUUGAAGGGGAGAUUCGACCCGCCGAGGAAGUGAUCAACAAGGAUGGCGACGACUUCGAUUUUCACUCUAAAUGCCUAGUCGCUGCUGUGAUCACCCAGCUAUUUUCAUACAUGAUUCGAAAAGGCAUCCAGUGGGGCUACGUCUUCGUUGGAGAAGCCAUCAUCUUCCUAUAUAUACCGGAUGACCCGACCACUGUCCGCUAUCACCUUUCUAUUCCACGCCUGGACUUCCAAGAAGAUGAUGAGAACCGAUUUCAUCGGACAAGUGUUGCACAGAUUUCUGCCUUUGUCCUCAGCGCACUCGCCUCUGAAGCACCUAGUCAAUCAUGGCAUGAUGCGGGUGCAACUCUAGACACGUGGGCUGUCGAAUACAUCGAUAUCCUCAAGAAUAUUCCCGAAACGGAGCGGAAAUCCCCACGUGAGAUUUCAUAUAAAGCUAGUCGAUGGAAGGGGUUCAUUGGUUCCCCUAUUCGAACACGGUCCCGCCGUCUAGCAGACGCAUGCAACAAACCCGUGGCUGAGCAAGUCUAUGAGAGCGGUAACGAAAGUGAUGACGAUAACCCCCCUACCCCGACGCCCAGGCGAGCUGCAGCUGUCCCGCGUAGGGGCCGUGGAAAGCCAACGCAGCCACAAGGUGCACGGCGUAGCCAGAGAAAGAAAGAUUCAAGCCAUCCAAGCGCGAAAGAAGCGGGGUCGACAAUGAAGAUUGAGGACCGGCCGUUUUGCACACAGAAGUGUCUGCUUGGGUUGGCAUAUGGGGGGGACUUGGAUAGCCGGUGUCCCAAUCUUCAGGAUCAUCAAGGGAAACAUAUACAGCCGGGCAGCUUCCUUUCCCUUAUCCGUACCCAGCUCGCCAAUGAUCGUGGACGCGGUGCCGACUGCAAGCCACUCUACAUGAAAGGAUCACGCGGGGCGCUCUUCAAAGUCAGACUAUCUUCAAAUGGAUACACACUGGUCGCAAAAGGGAUGAAGAACCCUGAUCGCAAGCACCUCCUUCAUGAGAGAAAAGUCUACUAUCACCUCCGCCCACUUCAAGGCAGCUGCAUCCCAGUUUCCCUAGGCAUAGUGGACUUGAAGCUCCCUUAUUACUACGAUGCUGGCAUCUAUGUUAGCAUGCUCUUUCUCAGCUGGGCUGGCCGGCCACUUCAUCAAUGCCUUAUGCUGAAGAAUGAAGCUCGUAUUCUCGAUCAUGUGAAAAAGGUUCUGGAGGAAUUGCAUGGGCGGCAGGUGCUUCACAAGGACGUGGAGCCGCGGAAUUGGUUAUGGGAUGAAGAGCAUGGCAGACUAAUGCUUGUGGAUUUUGAACGCGCAGAGUUCCGCGUAAGGCCGCCUCUAGGCACACUCUCACCGAAUCGAAAGAGGAAUCUGCAGGGAAAGCUGAAGUCCGAGAUAAAAGUUGACGAGUUUAAUUGUGAGAUGGAGAGCGCGAGAGCCUCGAUCUCUCGGUGUGUCAGAUGAAUUGUCUUGACUAUAGCCUUUUGGAUCCCAUUAUGUGUCUCUUGACCUUAUUGAAGAACUGUAGAACCGAUGCGAUGGAACUAUAGCUAACCAAUGAGUCUACAGUGUAAUGCCAGUACAAUCGAGCUGAAAGAGUGCUUCAAUUGAUUAAGGAGUAACCGUCGGUUAGGCAUCAAUGGCAUCAAUAUCCCACUCCUGUGUGCUCGCAUGUGCUCACUCACUUAUGUAAGCAAUAUCAUCACAUGGUGGUGUAGUGUUUAAGGCAAAACCUACGACGCAAAACAGCAUGCACCGAGGCCCAACUCCAUCGAUCGCCAAACAACAACAAUCUUAUGGACGGAGAAGGCAUAAAGAAGUCCAUCUUGGAUGACGGUUUCUUCUUUAU